AUGAGUGACGAGACAGUUUGUAUAGAAGCGGGGGAGCGGCUCUACGUCCUGUAUGGUUCUGAGACAGGCAACGCAGAGAGCAUCGCGAAGCGUCUGCACCACGAUGCGACAACCACCCACGGCUUCCCCGACGCCGAGUGCAUGACACUGAACCAGGCGGUGGCGAUGAAGCUCUUCGACGCGCAGCUCGCCGAAGACGCGUCCGCGUCGCUAUGCGUCGUUAUCGUGUGCAGUACCACGGGUGAGGGCGAGCCACCUGAAAACGCUGCCCAGUUUCGCCGAUGGCUGCGUAAAACCGCCGGGACUCUUCACAACCUUCGCUACUGCCUUCUGGCCCUUGGCGACACAAACUACAACAACUUCUGCGCCCCGGGCAUCUUUAUGGACAAGAAGCUUAGGGACAUGGGCGCCGUCUGCUGCUACCCGCGCGGCGAAGCUGAUGACGGCGUUGGCUUGCACCUCGUCGUGAACCCGUGGCUAGAGGGCCUCUGGUCCGCACUGAAGCAGAGCGGCACGGAGGGGACCGCAGCUACGAGUCAGGAAACGUGCAUUACAGGAGAUAUCCGUAUCGACAUGUCUGUCGCACUGGAGACCGCCCUCCUCUACUCUAAAUCUUCUCCGUUGUGUGCUGCGACCGCACUCUUCCUGCACGAGCGGAUCACCGAACUUGGCGGCAAGGCGGAUUUGUACCCGAUUCAACACUUCAACCCCAGCACUAGCCUCAGACGGCCCCCAAAGGUGCUCUUCUUCGUCCUCGGCACAGAAGGCGAUGCGGACGCGCAGAGCGAGCAGUGCGCCUGCGCUGCUCAGCAGCUGCCACCUCUUGGGCCUUUCAGCGCUUGGAUAGGCAACAGUGACCCUUGUACUCCACCGCCGGCGGAAGCGGUUGAACUGCACCGGUGGAUGUCGGACCCGUCAAUCCGCUUCUUCCAUUCUUUGUUCGUCUCGCGGAAGCCUGACGGUGCACGUCGAGCUGCCGCGCUGGACGCCAAUCUGAAAGCCAUAGCGACAAACUGCAAGCUCGAGCUCCUUUGCCCUUGCCAGCUCUCGGGCGAGGUUCCGUCAGUCGCGGUUUGCGCAGAUGACGUGUACCUAUGGGUGGAGAAGGUGCUGCAGAGUCUUCCAGGGGUGACAGCGGAUGCGGUGUCCAUUCGUCGGACCAUGGACGACUCCUUCGACGCCCGCGUUGGCGUGGCUUUCCGUGCUGCACAUGCGCCGGGGUUAUGCAGUGGACGCGCCACAGAGAGCGACGAUGUUGUCAGGGGCGGCGGCGCGCCAACGCUCACCGGGCAGCGGCUUUACCGACUCGGCCUCGAGAACGAUCGCGGCCGCGGCGACGCGGGGCAUGCGUCCUCCGAAAACGGCGGCUCUCACGGCGCGGGUGCAUCGAGAAGAACGCACGAGGUAGUAGACGACCUGCUCACCCCCAUCGUCUUUCUCUACUCGGGCCAUUCCUCUUUUGUAAAGCAGUGCGCCAUGGACAUUUUCAGGGGCGCCAGUCAGCAUCACCUGCGCUGUUCGAUUAGUGAGCUCAGCAACUUUCAACGAAUGGGCUUCCCACGGAGUGCCGCGUUUGUGUUCGUUGUCUCUGGUGUGCUGACAGAACCAAUGUCGCGCGUGCUGAAGGUGCUGCGCACGCUGCAGGGCCAGAAGAAAGAUAUCGAAGGUGUGAGCUUCGCUAUCUUGGGCAUUGACAAGACCUCCGAGAGCGACCGGUUUAACGCCUGUGCGCUGGAGCUGGAGACGCUCCUGCUGAAGGUGAAGGCAAACAAGAUUCAUGACACAGGUUUGGCAGACAUAGACAGCAGCAGCCUCGUGCCCAUUAUUCAGUCGUGGGAGUCGAACCUCUGGCGCGCCAUCGUGCGCCCCAUGAAGAGUGCCGCCUACCUUGACAUCGCAUCUCUCGGCAUCCAAGUGCAGCGUAGCGUGGUGCCGUUGGCCACCAGCGGUACUUCAGUUGGCGCAGCUCUCUGCCUUGCUGGCGCGUCGGUGGGCGAGGCUGUGGAUCACGAUGCUGGUGGUAGUGGUGGCGUUAGUGGCGGCAACGGCCGUGUUGAACCCAGCGAAUUUGGGGACUUUUCGAGCGCCAGCGCCAGUCCGUCUCUGCUUCCCCUGCCAGGCGGCGUCGGUCCGAGGAGGGGUGCUGACCUGCAGGCAUCGUCGCUGGUUGGUGUGUCGGGGUCAUCGCUGCCAGGCAACCCCAGCACUCCCACAACGGUUGCAGCCGGCGCUACGCCGGGCUCUGACAAGACGGACACCCCGACCGCUGGCGUUGGCUUGGCUGAUGCCCUUUCUCUGUGGGACACGACGCCGCUGUGCAGGGAAAAGGCGUGCCGCACCCCAGUCGUCUUCCUGUACGCGUCGGCUGGCAUGUCGAAGGCGAUGGCGAUGCACGCAAUGCGGAGCGCCGAGGAGAAGAGUUUUCCGGCUGCCGUGCACCCCUUUGCGCACUUUCAGUUUGUCGACUAUCACGCUCACCCGAACGUGAUACUGUUCUGUGAAGCAGGCGCGGAGGGGCAGACGAACGGCGGGCGCCGUUUGAAGAGGUUCCUGACGAAUCCCUCGCACCGCCCGGACAUGCUGUCGUCUGUGCGAUUUGCGGUGCUGGGCCUCUGCGCCACACCGGCGAACGUGGUUCAUCCUGCCUUUCGCUGGGCAAAAUUACUGCUGCGGCUGCAGGCGAAUCGCAUCGUUCCAGUCCUCAUCAUGCCGUCCAUGUCGCAGCUGCACUCGCUUGGCAUGCCGUGGGUUAACUGCGUGCUGUCAUCCCUUGCGCUGCUGCCGUCUUCUGUGGUGGUUCCUGCACCUCCGAGAGGCCCCAACGCUCCUGGUGCCAGUGAGCUGACCAUUGGGCCGUCCCCUGUGGGCACCGCUGCUGCGCCGAGGGCACGCGAUGACGACGCGGACAACGAUGCCGUGGAAGAGGCGGCAGAUGCCGGUGAAGAGGUGCAGCGCACCGUGUCGGCCGAGAUGGGCAGCUGCGGUGCGGAUGUCUCGACAAAGCAGGACUCGUGCACCGACCGGCCGGUGGAGAACAGGAUUGCCUGCAAGGUCGACGGUGUCGUGCAGUCGUGGAAGCUGCUGACCUGCCCCACUGUUCGGCAUUCUGUCGUCCAGCUGGAUUUUUCGGUGAGCGCGGGAACGCAGUGGGCACCAGGGCAGACCAUCGCCGUCGUUCCAUCUAACAGCACAGCGCAGGUGGAGGCGCUGCUGCGCCUCUUCCACCUGACGUGCGAUGAGCCGUUUCUGCCACCCGCCAUCGCUGGCCCCGGUGCUUCUGUGUUUCCGACCUCCCCGCUCUACGAGGCCGUGGAUUUUCCGGUCAGCUGCGGGGCGGUGCUCAUGCGGUACGUGGAGCUGCGCGUCACUGGCACUCACAAGCCGCUUUUCCAGUUGUUGGCGCAUCACUGCGCCUCUGAGGAGGCGAAGGCGGCGGUGCGAGCGAUGUAUGCGAAGCUCCUUGCCCAUCGCACUCCGCGAGACCUGUGCGAGGUGCUUGAGGCCGUUGGCGCCGCUGCCGACUCUCUGCCGCCGUUUCGCCACAUUGUGGAGAACCUUUCCUUGCUGCAGCCGCGUCAGUACUCUAUCUGCAGCUCCCACCGCGCCGAUGCCACGACGCUGUCUAUCUGCUUCAAGGUGCUAGAGAAGGGCCUGUGCACGGGAUGGAUGUAUGAGCAAUGCCUGUCUGCCGCGGGGUUGCCGCCGGUGUCUGUCGCCAGCGCGGCCCCCACGCGCGCGGAAGGGAGCACAGCGCCCUCGACUGUGCGGCAGCCGGUUCUUUCGAACACAGUCAUCGUUGCCAAGGCCCGCGUCGUGAUCCCUUUUGAGAUCCGCAGCACCUCGGUGUUUCGCAUGCCGCGUGACCCGCUCGUGCCAAUGAUCCUCGUCGGGUCCGGCACCGGCAUCGCCCCGUUCCGCGCGUUUCUGCAAGAGCGCGAGGCCUGGUUGAAGGAGCGCCAUUUGCCGUCCGGCUGCGCUUGUCCAAAAGGGACGCUCUGCGGAUGCCCUUGCGAGAAGGCGACGCAUCAUGGCCAGGCCGUGUGCGGCACGAUCGACGUCCUCUUUGGCUGUCGGCGCCGUUACGAGGAUCACCUCUUUCGCGACGAGUUGUCGCACUGGAAGGACAGCGGCGUGGUUCAUUCGCUGACCGUCGCCUUUUCCCGUGACACGAACGACGGCAGGUUCUAUGGCGGCGGCUGCUACGUGCAGGACAAGAUUCAGGAGUGUGGAGUGGCCCUCAUGGACCUGAUCCUGCAGCGGAACGCAUGUGUUUUUGUCUGUGGUGACGCCGACGGCAUGGCGAAGGAGGUGGACAGAACGCUCCGCGAGCUCAUCCAGCAACACCUCUCGCUCUCCGACGCCGCGGCCGCCACGUAUCUCGAGCGAAUGAGCAAGGAUGGGAGGUACCUCCGUGAAGUGUGGUCGACGGGUGUCUGA